AUGGCAAAAAACACAGUAAAAAGAGGACAGGGAACCAUCGCGGAUAAUGAUCAGAAGAUUCGAUAUCUUCGACUGAAUCAGGUCUUCAAUAAAGCACUAUCUCAAUCAAUUGCCAAAUUUCAGAACUAUGAAAAGGUUUCUGCAUGUUUUCCAGAAUUUUCUUCCACACAUUUAGGAAAGAUUCAUUUGGUUAAUUGUGAAAAACAAGUGACUGAAUUCUGGACUGAGUUAUGCCAUCGAGAAUUCCAAGAAAUUAUGAAAGACCGUCAUGUAAAAGAAAAAUUGGACGACUUAGACACACUUAUAGCCCAAGCCAAAAUAAGAUUACAAGAACGAAAUCAGGAAAAUCAUAUAGAGCAUAAUGUCGAUAAGAACAAGUUGUCAGUUGCAGACCUAUCGGUAGAUCAGAUAAUACAAUGUAAUAUACAUACACUGCAUAAGGAAACACAAAAAGAAUUGGAUAAAAGAAUUAAUAUUGUGGACGAAUCUAAUCGCGAUUUAGAAAAUACACUCAGGGAAUUAGAAGGAAACUUAGAAAAUGAAUAUAAAGAUUUGAAUGAAUUGUACAACCAAUAUUUUGGCCAAUUGCAGAAUCAGUCUCUUGAUAAGACAUUGACGCAAAGUCUUAAUGAUAUGUUGUUGGAAUCAAGAGAGACUUAA